AUGGCGGCGUCGGUGGCCGGGAAAUCAUCGGGAAGGUAUUGUUACAGAGAAGUGCUGCCAUUCGCGAUAAUGGUAAUAGUGGAAUGCGCCAACGUGGGGAAUAGUACUCUGUUCAAAGCAGCCUCCGAUGCGGGAGCCAGUUAUAUGGUCUUCGUUGUGUAUUCAUUUGCCAUUUCUGUGCUUUCUCUUUUGCCCCUCGCCUUCCUUUUCCACAGGAAAACAAGACUUCCUCCCCUGAGUUCCGCACUUAUGGGUCGAAUUUGCCUCCUCGUGGUUAUCGGGCUUACAGGUCAAACGCUUGGGUACAAAGGCAUUCAGUAUAGUUCUCCAACUAUGGCUUCCUCCAUGAGUAAUCUUACUCCCGCUUUUACCUUCGCCCUUGCCAUCGCAUUCAGAAUGGAAAAACUGGCUUUGAGAAGCCUUCCAAGUCUGGCCAAAAUCAUAGGCACCGUGGUAUCUAUAUCAGGUGCACUAGUGGUGGUUCUCUAUGAAGGUCCAGCAGUAGUACGAGGUUCUUCACAUCCAAAAACACUCAACUACAGUCUGGGCUCAGAUGAACAAUCAGAUUGGGUGAUUGGUGGUGUCCUCCUUGUUAUUGACUACAUCUUGAUCUCCAUUUGGUACAUUGUUCAGGCUCAAACAGCCAGGUUGUAUCCAGCGGAAUUUUUCAUUGUAUUUCUCUACAACUUAGGCGUGACGCUGUUAUCUGCUCCAGUGUAUUACUUUAUGGAGCCGGACUUAAACGCCUGGCGGAUAAACUCUCAGAUAGUUAUCAUCUCUCUUUUGUAUGCUGGCGUAGUUAGCACAGCAUUUGGUAUUGUUGUUCAUACAUGGAGUCUGAGAGUGAAAGGGCCGGUCUAUGUGGCAUCAUUUCGACCAUUGUCAAUAGCCAUUGCUGCUGUUAUGGGUGUACUUUUCCUUGGCGAUACACUUUUUCUUGGAAGCGUAAUAGGGGCAAUCUUGAUCGCUAUCGGAUUCUACGUGGUACUCUGGGGCAAGGUGCAGGAGGAUAUGUAUGAGGACUUGGGAACAGGCAGCAUUGAAUCACCUGACCCAGAGGAUGUCCCUCUGCUGAGAUGA